AUGUAUGCACAUGAAUAUUUGCAGUGGCUUUACUCAUAAUUGCCCCAAACUGGAGACAACCUAACUGUCCGUCAACUGGAGUAUGGAUAAACUACCUGUGAAAUACUGUUCAGUAAUGAAAUGGAAUGUAUUACUGAGAAUUGCAGCUUCAUGCGUGUUGAAUGCAUUAUGACGUGUGAAAGCAGACAGGCUCAGAAGGCUACAUACGGCAUGAUUCCAUGUACAUGACAUUUUAGAAAGGGGAGGAGGCUAUAGGAACAGAACUCAGACCCACAGUUGCCAGGUUGCCAGGUCCUGGAUUGGAGAGAAAGAGAUUGGCUAAAAUGGGCACAAGGGAAUUUUAUCAAACUGAUAGAAAUGUUCUGUACUGUGGUGGUUGUCACAUAGACACGGUGAGCAUGGUGGUGGUUACACAGAUGUCUGAGUUUUAUACAAUUCGACACCUAAAAGGGGUGAAUUUUUCUGUACAUAAAUUAUGCACCAGUAAAGCUGACUUUUAGAAAAGGACCAUAGAAGGGUACCUAGAGAGUGACCUUCAGGUGGCCUCAGACCCCUGAUCCCCCAGGCCCCUGGAGUAAGGCUGGGCAGUUGGCUUUCUAUGCGGGGGACUGUCCCCUUCACCGGCACGCUCCCUGUCCUUACGGUGGAUGCACAGUACAGACGAGUAAAUAAAUGAAUAAAAGAACAGAUAAGUGAGUGCUUGCAGGAAACUAGACUCCGAUAAUCUGCAGGGCCCUGCAGGCUUCUCCAGCCUCUCCUGCUGUUACCCCAGGACAGCAUGAUUCCCCACCCCUGGGAAUUACUUCCCGUCUCCCCUCCUUCCCAUCCCCCCCACUAGGCCAUGCCACACCUCUGUGCCUCUGCACAGGCAGGGCCUGUGCCUGGAUCACCCUUCAUGGGGACGAGCACCUGUAGAAAAACACACCCUACCCCCGAACUCCAGCAAAUGUCUCUCCUGUAGGAUGACCGGGAGUUCAAGCCUGUGUGCACACAAAAUAAAUGCCAGCGUGAACACAUGCACACUGGAGAUGCUCAGCUGUGCAAAAAGGAGGCAGAACUUGGGCAGGAAAUUCCAGGUGGAAGAGAAAAGUCUCCCUCUCAAGGAGAGCACAUUUUCCCUUUGCCUUGCUAACUAGGGUAAUAAUAAUAGUUAAUAUUUGCUGAGUGCUGCGUGUCAGGCCCUGUUCGGAAGCACUUUACCUGUAUUUGACUCAUGGUUUCCUCCCCGUAACCCCGUGCACUCUCCUUAGUCCCAUUUUACAGAUCCAGGAACUGAGCCACAGAGGGGCUGUGGACACGUGGUUACACACCAGGAAGUGAGGAGGGAAGGCCUUGAAGCCAGGUUGCCCGGCUAUGGGAAUGCCAGGCCCAGAGGGAAGGACUAGACUGGCUGGGCAAGGGUCCUGGCCCCCAAGAGGACCAGCUGCUCCCUGUCCCUUGCAAGGCUGGAACCAGAAAAUGGCAGGGACUGCAGCUGGUGGAGGGUCUGAGCACGGCUGGGGAGACAGGGCUCUGUGAGGAGACCAAGCAGCUCUGCUCCCUGGCCAGCCCCAGGCACGUGGGGGCCACCCUGGCUGGCACCGGCAGCAGGGUGGGCUGGCUCCUCAGAGGCCUGGGAUCUUGAGCCUCCCCCUGCCAGGGCUGCGUGGCCGACUCCUCCUCCCCCGCCCCCGCAUGCCCUCCCAGAGUCGUAAGGCCAGACCCCAGUUCUGACUGUUGCUCAAUCCUGGGAGCCCAGUUCCUGUGGCAGCGCCUGAUGUGCCUGAUCCCCGCUUUAGUGCAGUUCGAGGAAAGAGGAAUCUUGCACAAGGCGCCCUGUGUCUGCCCUCAGCGGGGAAGCUGGCAUGGGGCCUCUCUGGCUGCUCCUCCUGCUCCUCACCACAGAGCUGGCCCGAGCCCACAACACCACCGUGUUCCUGGGCGUGGCGGGCCAGUCCCUGCAGGUGUCCUGCCCCUAUGACUCCCUGAAGCACUGGGGGAGGCGCAAGGCCUGGUGCCGCCAGCUGGGCGAGGAGGGCCCGUGCCAGCGUGUGGUCAGCACACACAACGUGUGGCUGCUGUCCUUCCUGAAGAGGCGAAACGGGAGCACGGCCAUCGCAGACGACGCCCUGGGCGGCACCCUCACCGUCACACUGCGCAAUCUUCAAGCCCACGACACGGGCCUCUACCAGUGCCAGAGCCUCCAUGGCAGUGAGGCCGACACCCUCAGGAAGGUCCUGGUGGAGGUGCUGGCAGACCCCCUGGACGCUGGAGAUCUCUGGGUCCCUGAGGAGUCCGAGAGCUUGGAAGAUGUCCGCGUGGAGCACAGCAUCGCCAGGAGCACCUCGGCAGGAGAGACCCCCUUCCCACCCGCAUCCAUCCUUCUCCUCCUGGCCUGCAUCUUCCUCAUCAAGUUCCUGGCAGCCAGCACCCUCUGGGCUGCGGCCUGGCGUGGGCGGAGGCCGGGGACACGUCCAGCCAGUGGACUGGACUGUGGCGGUGACCCAGGGCAGCAGCUCCAGGAGCUGACAGACUGUUGCAGGGCUGAGAGACCCUUGAGAGAAGAGGAUGGGAGGAGAAGCCCAGGACAGGUCCGGCCAGGGCCCACCCCAGCGGGCACACUCGCCCUUCGGCUACGGAGACUCCUGGUUCUGCCCUGGCAGGAGGCCGCUCUGCCCGCGCCCUGCUUGUCCUGGCUGCUGGAAGCAGGACUUGUGUGUAUGGGGGUUGGGUGGGGGGUUGGGAAGAUCAUCUGUCAGCCUCCGAGCAUUGCACAUUAAACACUCACGAAUAAAU